GGGUGCUUCCUAGGGCAGAGCGGUUUUGAAUGCGCGUCCCGCUCCGCGGGCAGGUGCGGCCUGCCGGCUUGCCGCUACGUGUCUGGGGCUGGGGGAGUGGGGACUACUGCCUCUCAGGUCCCUUCGCAGGCGACCUCCGAAACCUCAUUCCAAGCCUCCUAGAAGAAAAUGAACUAAAAUAGGGAAAAGUUGCUAACCCUUGUUGAGGACCAGGCUCUUUCACCUAGGAGGAUCGUUUGAUCUGCAGUUCAACCGUGAGAGAGGCAUUGGCUCCCUGUUUACCGAGGAAGAAACUGAAGUUCAGACAGGUGAAGUCAUUUGCCACAGGUCAUGCAGCUGGAAAGUGACCGAUCCGGAUUCAAAAUACCAUUGUCUGGUUUGAAUCAGGAAUGAAGUCUUCUGAAAGCUAAGAGCAGAAGCCUUUUUGGUCAACAUGGAGGACAAAAGACGGCGAGCCCGAGUGCAGGGAGCCUGGGCUGGCUCUGUGAAGAGCCAGGUUGUUGCUCAGCCAGCUACCAGUGCUAAGAGCCUUCUCCACCAGAGGCCUGGUCACUCCUGGACAAAUAAGGAGCAUCAUCUGUCAGACAAACAGUUUGUGUUCAAAGAACCCCAGCAGGUAGUACGCAGAGCCCCAGAACCACGAGUGAUCGACAAAGAGGGUGUAUAUGAAAUCAGCUUGUCACCUACAGGCAUAUCUAGGGUGUGUUUGUAUCCUGGCUUUGUUGACUUAAAAGAAGCCGACCGUGUAUUAGAACAGCUCUUUCGGGAUAUUCCCUGGAAGCAGAGGACCGGCAUCCGGGGUGAUGUAACUUACCAGCAGCCAAGACUCACAGCAUGGUAUGGAGAACUUCCUUACACUUAUUCAAGAAUCACUAUGGAACCAAAUCCUCACUGGCAUCCAGUGCUGCGCACACUAAAGAACCAAAUUGAACAGAACACUGGCCACACUUUCAACUCCUUGCUGUGCAAUCUUUACCGGAAUGAGAAGGACAGCGUGGACUGGCAUAGUGAUGACGAACCCUCGCUAGGGAGGCACCCCAUCAUUGCUUCACUCAGUUUUGGUGCCACACGUACUUUUGAGAUGAGAAAGAAGCCCCCACCACACCGUGUGCCCAGAGAGUACCACUCUAGAGACCCGAGAAUCAACCUGACCUUCCGGACAGUCUGUCCAGACCCUCACGGGGCGCAGCGCUGAUGCGGAGUGUUUGAGAGGGAUGCGGGGCUGAGACUGAGCAAACCUCCCGCCAUAAAGCAACUUCAAGAGGCGGGUCCAGCCGCUCUCGUGUUGUGGCUGCUUGGAAUACAAAGGUGAAAUCGUCUUCGCAGCCGUCCACGUUCAUAACAUGCUUACUGUGGGAGCAGCAAUCCCUAAUCUCAUCUCGAAAUCACGUAUUUUCUUUAGGUUAAAUAAAAACUGCUUUGGCUCUGUUCACGGA